AUGUGCACGGAGACACUGGGAUUCGAAAACGGCGCAAUGUGCUUUAAUUGCGAGAUGGAAAUUGACGCCGAGAGAAAGAAGAGGUCGCCGGUGAAACAGGGAAGAUCUGCGGCAACGGUGUUUCCGCCGCCAUUGACGACGCGUAGAGGAAAGGAAACGUUGAUUUUGAUGAGGAAGAGAGAAGAAGGGAGGCUUCUGUUGAUCGCUUUCAGGCCUUUGGUUCUUGAGGCUGAGAGGAGUGGCGGGAGGCUGGUGCUUCGGAUGUCGGCGAGGAGGGGUUUGAAGAGCAAAGGGGAGAAGGAGGAGGGGAAAAAGGUGGAAGAAGAAGGCGAGAAGGAAGAGUUAGUGGUGAAGUAUGGCUGCGGUGGGAAGCAUUGGAGCGCGGCCGCCAGGUCCGCUGGUUCCGACGCUUUGUUGCUGGCUAGAUAG